GGGCGGGGUGGUGUGGGGCGGUCGUCCGCCUUCCCGUCAGCCCUAUCGGUGCUGGCAGUCUGUGGUCCUCCGCUUUCCCGUCAUCCCUCCCGGCACAGGCGGUUUUCUGCCGGCCCAUGGUUCUCCGGAGGGGAAGGUGACGGGAAAGGACGGUUCGAAGGAUGGCAGCUUAUUUGACGCACCAGCAGAAAGUACUUCGACUUUACAAACGGGCCCUGCGGCACUUGGAAUCCUGGUGCAUUUUCAGGGACAAAUACCGUUUUUAUGCCUGUAUGCUGAGAGCAAGAUUUGAUGAACAUAAAGAUGAAAAGGAUAUGAUAAAGGCUACAAAGCUGCUGAAAGCUGGUGAGGAGGAAUUCUGGACAAUGCAGCAUCCGCAGCCCUAUAUUUUCCCUGAUUCACCAGGAGGCACAUCCUAUGAGAGAUAUGAUUGCUACAAGACACCUGAGUCCUAUCUGGAUUACUGGCAUCCGUCUGAGAAAGCAAUGUACCCAGAUUACUUUGCCAAGCGAGAGCAAUGGAAGAAGCUGCGUCUCCAGAGUUGGGAUAAAGAGGUGAAGCAGCUGAAGGAAGUGGCUGAUAAUCUUGAAGGUGAGGCUCUGCCCCCUGCUCAUAAGGAGGGUGACCUACCUCCACUGUGGUGGAACAUUGUCACAAGACCCCGUGAGCGCCCAACAUAAAAAGGCAGAAAUGAUCCCAGUGUUGUCAACAGCAGAUUAUUUAUCGAGAGUUGGUGUAAACACUGUUUUGAAAUGUUUCUGUAAACUUAAUGAAGCCUAAUAAAUAACUGAAAAUAAA